ACCUGGUUUAGGAUAUAUCGCCAGAAAACCCCCUCGGACAAACUUUUCCUUUCAGAGGGGAUAAGAGCCGAUUCAAGAGGGAAGCUUGAUUGGAUUUUUUUGGCGGCUGGAAAAGGAUUUACCGCAUCGUUUUAAAUCAGGGGGCUCUUGAGUGAUUGGACUGCCAAGGCAAACACAGCUUCAAGAUGGUGCGUCAGUGCAAGGCCUUCGUCCUCUUCCUGGUCCGGAUCGGGCUGCUGCUGGGUCUCGCUAACCCCCUGGUGACCUCUGCCUCGUGCCCCUCGUCCUGCCGCUGCGACGGGACCUUCAUCUACUGCAACGACCGCGGCCUGACUUCCAUCCCCACCGGUCUACCCCUGGACGCCACGGUGCUCUUCCUGCAGAACAAUCACAUCAAGAGCUCGGGCAUUCCCGCCGAGCUGCGCAGGCUGGUGAACGUGGAGAAGAUCUACCUGUACUGCAACAAUCUGGACGAGUUCCCCACCAACCUUCCACUCGGGCUCAAAGAGCUUCACCUGCAGGAGAACAACGUCCGGAUGAUCACCCACUCGUCUUUGGCUCAGAUUCCUUACAUCGAGGAGCUGCACCUGGAUGAUAACUCUGUGUCGGCCGUCAGCAUCGAGGAGGGCGCCUUCAGGGACAGCACCCACCUCAGACUGCUUUUCCUCUCCAGAAACCACCUGAGCACCAUCCCCUCGGGCCUCCCCAUGAGCAUCGAGGAGCUGCGCUUCGACGACAACCGCAUCUCCUCCAUCUCGGAGCAGUCGCUGCAGGACCUCAUCAACCUGAAGCGGCUCAUCCUGGACGGCAACCUGCUCAACAACCGCGGGAUCGGCGAGAUGGCGUUCAUCAACCUGAUCAACCUGACCGAGCUCUCGCUGAUGAGAAACUCCCUGACGUCGCCGCCGGCCAACUUGCCCGGCACCAGCCUGGAGAAGCUCCAGCUGCAGGAUAAUCACAUCAAUCGGGUCCCGCCGGGGGCGUUCGCCUUCCUCAGGCAGCUGUAUCGCCUGGACCUGUCGGGCAACAACCUGAGCAGCCUCCCUCAGGGCGUGUUUGAAGACCUGGACAAUCUCACACAGCUCCUGCUGAGGAACAACCCCUGGCAGUGCACGUGCCGGAUGAAGUGGGUGCGCGACUGGCUGCGGUCGCUGCCCGCCAAAGUGAACGUGCGGGGCUUCAUGUGCCAGGGUCCCGACAAGGUCAAAGGCAUGGCGAUUAAAGACCUCACCACGGACAUGUUCGACUGCUCGGAUUCAGAGCUCUUCCCCUCGUAUGAGACGAGCACGGUCUCCAACACAGUGCGCCCCACGCAGCCCCAGUGGCCCUCGUUUGUGACCAGACGGCCCGUGGUUAAAGCGCCCGACUUCGGUAGGAACUACCACAGCACCACCACGUCGUCGGGCAGAAAGAUCAUCACCAUCAGCGUGAAGUCGACCAGCGCGGAGGCGAUACACAUAUCAUGGCGGGUGUCGCAGCCGAUGACCGCCCUGCGGCUCAGCUGGCUGAAGCUGGGUCACAGCUCGGCCUUCGGCUCCAUCACCGAGACCAUCGUGCAGGGCGAGAGGACGGAGUACCUGCUCACCGCGCUGGAGCCGGAAUCUGCCUACAGGAUAUGCAUGGUUCCCAUGGAUACCAGCAACAUUUACCUGUCAGACGAGACCCCCGUUUGCAUCGAGACAGAGACCGGCUCUCACAAGUCGUACAACCCGACCACGACUUUGAACAGAGAGCAGGAGAAAGAGCCUUACAAAAAUUCCAGUCUGCCUUUGGCUGCCAUCAUCGGAGGGGCGGUGGCUCUUUUGGCAAUAAUCAUGUUGGCGCUGGUGUGCUGGUACGUCCACAGGAACGGUUCGCUUUUUUCCAGGAACUGCACCUACAACAAGGGCCGCCGGAGAAAGGACGACUACGCCGAGGCCGGCACCAAGAAGGACACCUCCAUCCUGGAGAUACGAGAGACUUCUUUUCAAAUGAUUCCUAUAAGUCACCUGCCCGUGUCCAAGGAGGAGUUUGUCAUACACACAAUUUUCCCACCGAAUGGCCUGAGUUUAUACAAGAGCCCGCCGCACACCGAGAACAACGUCAACAACAGGAGCUACAGAGACAGUGGAAUACCAGAUUCAGAUCACUCCCACUCAUGAUAUCGCGCAUGGCCAUUCAUAAAAAGUGUGCAACUUGAAGCGAGUGGCGAGACUUUUCCAAAACACUGGAUCUAUAAGACUAAGGAAGCAAUGUUCUGUACAUUUGCCAUAUAAUUUAUAUUUAAGGACAACGUGGUGGAGACGGAGAACGUUCCAGUUGCAGGACUUCACUGAAAACCAUCAGUGUGGUGUUGUGACUUCACUGCAAUUCUAUAUUUUAGGGGAUUUGUAGUAAUUUGUACUGUAUUUCCUUUUUUGGCUUAAGGUUAUCGACCAACUUAAAAAGAAAACUCUGUGUUACACUGAGAUAUGAAGACUUGUCAACUGUGAAAAGUGGGUUUUCAUUGCUGUGUUGAACAAUCAGACCUUUAGAAAAACCUUGUAGUAUAAAGCACAGGUCAUUCUUUUAACUUUGUGGCUGUCUGAAAAACAAAAAAGGCAAAAAAAUGACAAGAAGUAAAAACGUAAGGCACAGCUGAUCAACUAAUUUGCAAAGCAGGCAUGUUGCCCUCGAAAAAAAAAAAAGUGGCGAGCAGUCGGUAGCUGUCUCCACAUACUUCGGACCAAGAGUACCUACCUACCGCUCUAGUAUUCACCAGGUAUUGAUUAUGAAGAACUAAAGAUGAGGUGCCAUGCUUUAUUUCUCUGCUUUGUUCAGUGUGUGGUUUUUUCUUUUCUUUUUCCUGUUUGCAAAAAGAAGAAACAUGGCGGCGGCGGCGGCGCGGCCCGAGCAGGGCUCCAGUGUUUCAGAUAGGAUUGUAGGUUCCACAGCAGCACAGGGCAGAUAAAGCACACCGACCUUAAGGAGCUCCUCAGAACAAGUAGACUGGACAGGCUGACACAGAGGACCCCCCACUCUCUCUCUCUUAUUUGUACGAGCCAACAAAAGGCCAAACCACAAUGGCGGCAUUCUUUAGUACCAUGUACCAUACGUCAUUGUAGUCACCAGGCCAAAACAUGCCGGCUCUCCUUAGACUUACCACAGUGGCAGCGACUCCUUGUUACAAAGUAUUAUUUUGUAUUAUUUUCCAAGUGAACACACUUUUCUGUUCUCACAAUUUGAAGUUAACUGUUCUUAACAAUUGAAAACCAAAGUGCAUUGUAUGCCCUUUGGCCAGUCUUGUAUGUGCCUUGAUCCAAUGCUUAUUGUAUUUAGCUUUUUAAGAAACCAGUGACUUUUUUUCAUACACACUUGAAUAUGAAAAUAUUGGUCAUAUUACUGAAAUAAAAGUGGACAAAA